GCGCGAUAGAGGGGAAGAGAGAGCGAGAGAGUGAGAGAGCGAGCGAGUGAGCGAGCGAGCCUGGGUCCCAGUUCGCGUUUGUUGCCCGUGAAGGAUGCCUUCUGCCAACCCCAAACUAGAGAAGCAGGCCUCUACGGAGGCCGUGGAACCAAUUCGACAAGCGAUCAUCGUCAUCGAGCACAAAAUACGGAACCUCGAGAAGCGCAAGGGUAAGCUCGAGUCGUACAGGGACAUCGUGAAAAAUGGUGGCGAGCUCCACGCCGACCAGAAGACCGCCGUCGCCAAGUAUGACGAAGUGCAGCAGACCUUGGACAUCACGCGCGAGCUCUACAAGCAGAUCGUCGGCAUUGCCAAUGACGCGGCGAAGCAGCAGAAGAAGCUCGCGAGGAAGGAGGCCUCGGAGAGGAUGCAGCAAGACAUAAGCAAGGUGCGGGAGGUCCUUCUGAUUCAGGAUACCCUGAUGAACAUGGGAGCUCAGGGAGUGCGCGACGAUUUUAUCAACGGAGUGAACGGCGCCAUCAAAAUUGCGGAGGAGGACCUCAAGUACCUGGAUGACCUGUACAACGAAAUUAUGCUGAAACACGAUCGCCAAGAGAGCGACUUGACCUUCCUUCAGCAAGCGCACAAGGUCGCCGAGCAUUAUGUCCUCAUUGUGGACGGGAGGCCGAGGGACGUGGUGGGUACAACCUAUUCCAAGCUGAAAGAAAUCAUAACGUCCAUAACCCAGUGCGGUUACUUUGAUCAAGUUCAGGAGAUUGACGUGGUCGUCGAAGAUGUGACGCAAGGAGCGGUCGACCCACAAAUUGGCAACGAGCACCUCCCCCAGUCCAUCGACGAUGAUUACAACAGUAGUGACACACACAUUCCGCCACCGUCGCAACCAGAGGCACUCUUGCAGAUGCAAGCCUACCCCGUUCAAGUGGCCGCCAUUCCCGUCGUCGCGGGGGCCCCCGCUGUCGCAACUCCUAUUCCAGUUGUGACGCAGCCCAUUCCAUCCAUUCAACAAGUUCCGGUCGACGCCUCGUAUUACACAAACAGCGCCGCCUACGUGCCGAGUCCGCAGAUCCAGCAACAACAGCAACAACAACCUCAACAGCAGCAACAGCAACAGCAGCAGCAGCAGCAGCAGCCGCCGCCCCAAGUGCAAACCCCGGCCCCUGCCCCGAGGAUAAACGACGUCAUUGGCCCAGCACCGAACUUCUUUUUUCUCCAGGAGUCCGAGCUCGACGCGCCCGAAGUCGUCGCGUCCCAAGCGCCGCCAGUCGUAACUCACAUUCCUAGCGCAGUGACUGUCGUGGCACCCGUCACUCUCAAUACUCCAAUCCCUACUCAGACGUUUACAAAUCAGUCGUUCGCCGGCCCUCCCGUCGUACCAGCUCAGGUGAUGUACCAGCAUCAGUCGCCCCAAGAUAUGUCGCACAUUCAGGGCUUUGGGAAUGCCAAUCCACCCCCGCCUAUUCCGAUGCCUCCGUCGCAUCAGACGGGCAUGCAAUUUAAUUCGCAGAAUGCGGGCAGCUUUCAGCCGCAGGCCCAGACGUUCGAUCCGAUGUCGCAGCAGGAGUCGCUGGUUCCACAAAAGGACGACAUGCACGAUGGCCUCCAGGAGAAGGGCACGAGCGAGUCCGGCGUUGGGGAGGGCGACGUCGGUCAGAAUAACAGCACGCCCAACUGGGGACAGAUGUCGGAGAGUGCGGGCGGCGAUUGGAGCCAGGUCGAGCCUCAGUCGAUUCAAGAUUCGCAGCAAAUGCAAAGCAACCAGCAGCCCUGGGGCGAUCAACAGCGAAGUAAUUUCCGAGGUCGCGGUGGCCGACGCGGAAAUUCCAACGGCUAUAGCAACAGAGGACGAGGAAGUUAUCAGCAAAAUGGUAGAGGUGCGUCAGGAACGUAUUAUCGCAACAACGAUGGAAACUAUCAAAAUGGAUACCAACGCAACUGGAGCAAUAAUGGCGAAGGCAACAGCACCGGCUAUAAUAGCGGCUUCAAGAGGUCGACGACCAACCAACCGAGAGGCGGCCCACGCGGGGAAAGGGGUGGAAGUGGACGCGGCGGUGGCCAAUUCCGCGGAAAUCAGAGAAAUCGUAGUAAUUAUGCACCUCGAGAUACCGGGAUUGAAUACCAAAUCUAACGAUGAAAGACGCCAAAGUGGAUGAAAAAAAAGGAACAAAAACAUUUAAGAACUAUUAAGAAUAUUCGAUGGCUGCAAAAAAAUUUUUAAACCGAUCCACUCGAUUAACAUAUUCAGUAGUAAGUAUUGAUUAUAAAUUUUUCAAGGAUUGCUAGAAGCAUAACUCCUAGCCUUGACAAUUAAUCAAGAGAUGUAAGGAUAAAGAUUAAUUGAACCUUUCGUUUUCUAUGUGUAUUAUUAGACCUUCGGAUGUUUAUUGAUUUCUAAUUUUGACAUUGAAUAUUCGAAAUUACUUAUAAAGAUUAUGGUUUAACAGUCAACAUCUUAUACUACGUACAAACAUUUACUUGUAACACUUGUUUUCAUCCUUCUGAUUUCUCUAUCAAUAAUCUUUGUAUUUACAAAAAUGUUAAGUCAUCUUUUAAACAAUUUCUAAUGUUUUAUGACCAUUUACACUGCGUUUACUAUUUAAUUUACUAGUUUCUUGCGACUUUUCCAGUAAGUGAAGGGUUACAUUCUUGUCGUUACUGUUAUACAAUGAUUCCAUCUCUAUUUGCAAAUAAAUAUGAUAGUGCGGAAUAGCCGAUGAAUCUAUUCGCUCGUACCCUUGCACAUAAAUGCAAAUCUCUUCAUUAUGGCUUUAAGUAAAAUUAACCAUUAACAUUUUAUAUUAUAUUUCUUAUUCUCUUA